GAAUCCAACAGUAUCCAUUUACUUUGGUAUGAACUGGGUACGCAUUUCAGUCGGGAGUAUAAAUUAAGCACGUGUUGGGGAAUAUAGAUAUAUAUAUAUUUUUUUUAACUACUGUACUAAAAGUUAGACCUCAAAAAAUCGAAAUGCCGAAAGUUAAAGCAGAAAAGAAAACCCGACAACACCAGGAAAUUAAAAGUCAAGGGCAACAGCUCAACUCAAGAGGUCACACAAACUGUUUUAACAUUUCUUAAAAUGUAUCAUGUUCAACACUGGAAUAGGUCAGCACAUUUUAAAAAAUCCUCUCAUUGUCAAUAGCAUUAUUGAAAAGGCUGCUCUUCGGCCAACAGAUGUGGUUCUGGAAGUUGGUCCUGGUACGGGUAACAUGACUGUGAAACUAUUAGAGAAAGCAAAAAAGGUAGUUGCUUGCGAGUUGGAUACCAGGCUCGUAGCUGAACUUCAGAAAAGAGUGCAGGGAACACCAAUGCAAACUAAGCUUCAGAUCAUGGUUGGAGAUGUGUUAAAGACCGACUUGCCCUUUUUUGAUGUUUGUGUGGCUAACUUGCCUUACCAGAUUUCCUCACCGUUUGUUUUCAAGCUGUUGCUGCACAGGCCGUAUUUCAAAUGUGCAGUGCUAAUGUUUCAAAGAGAAUUUGCCCUUCGACUGGUUGCAAAACCUGGAGAUAAACUCUUCUGCAGAUUAUCCAUAAACACUCAAUUGUUGGCCCGUGUAGAUCAUCUCAUGAAGGUUGGCAAAAAUAACUUUCGUCCACCACCAAAGGUGGAGUCCAGUGUUGUCAGAAUAGAACCAAAGAAUCCACCACCACCAGUGAACUUUCAAGAAUGGGAUGGUCUUGUCAGAAUAGCGUUUAUAAGGAAGAAUAAGACACUUUGUUCUGCAUUCAAAUCUAGAGCAGUUGAGCAGUUGUUGGAGAAGAAUUACAAAAUCCACUGUUCUGUACACAACAUUGUAAUACCAGAGGAUUUUAGCAUUUCUGAAAAAAUAAGCAACAUCCUUCAAGAAACUGGCUUCAGUGAAAAACGAGCACGGUCCAUGGACAUCGAUGAUUUUAUGAAAUUGCUUCAUGGAUUUAACUCGGCUGGCAUCCACUUCUCGUGAAAGAGGGAAAAGAGAAUGUUCAUAGAUAAAUGAAUAAAGAACUAUCCUGUUGAAUGGACAAAUACAGCUUGUGCAUCUCCUCUGGAAUUACUUGUUCAACUUCUAAUUAAUUUUACUAUAGGUACGGUCAUUUAAGAAGUGUGGUUAAACUGAAUGGAUUUUAGUUUAAUCCUGUUAAAAACCACAUCAUUUUAUUGUGGCCAAUGGCAAUACACCCCUCCCUCUAGUCUUAUUACAUUACUGAAAGUUAUGAAUGCUUGUACAGUAUUUUAUAAUUGUGUUCAUAAAAAUGUGAAUUGCUGCGACGGGGGUCCCAGUAAAGAUUUUUUUAAUUAGACCCCUUCUCCCCAGCUUAUAACCUAGAAAGGAAAUUCUAUAUACAAACACCUUUUAAAUAUUUAACUUUAUUCUAGCAAGAUUGUGACCAUCAGAGCCUUUACUGUAUUAUAGAAGAUUUGAAAUGAGUCUGGCUGGUUUUCCUUGCUGGCUUUCUUCAUUUAUGAUAUGCAACAGGUUUCAGACCUUUACAUACUCAUGAAAGUUUACAGUGCUUUAAAAUGAGACCACCUCUGUUUGGAUUUAUUCAUGUCACACAUUGUUCUCUGGUGGCCCUAUAAAAUAGAAAUUACUUGGGUUUACACAAUCAUUAUAUACACACAUUUCACAUCAGUCUUGUCUUAAAGCAAUAGUACUGUGAAACUUGAAAUUGAGAUUUUAAAUACAUGUUCAUGUUGGGAAACAUUGGUUUCUAAAAAAAAAAAAAAAAUGAAAUAUGCAUCCACAAUAAAUUUGUAAAGCAUGGAAUUGUGAUUGGUUGUAGCAGGUUUUACUGUAUUUCUAGUCACCCAAAGGACUCCGUAUAUUCACUGCAUUUUUCUAUUAAAAUUAAUUGCUCACA